AGAAAGCAGCAGAUGGAUUAGCUUAUGCCACACUCUCACCACACUCUCACUGACUGUCACAUUUUGCCAAAUGCCUGGACUAUGAGAGCAAUCAUCCUGUGCAUCAUUGUGACAUUUGGUAGCACCGUGUGGAAAGUGCAACCUGGAUUAGCACAAACUACUAAGGUUUCUAUUGAAGCUGAGAACUGUACUGAGGGAAAUGGAGAGCAAUCAUUGUUAGCAGCCCUACAGAAUGCCAGCAUUUUCUCAGCGAACUCAGGGAACUGUGUUAAUCAUUUCCCUGUCAGCAUGUUCCGGAUCUACAGAGGAGACACAGAGCAAGAAUUAUUCCCAGAAUAUCAGGACGACUGCGAAGUGGACUCUCACUGCCAGGGAUUAGAACUAGAACUAUGUUGUACAAAUGGUACCUUCAGCAAAUGUGUCCGAUUUCAGAGUCAAGUUGGAAUUGACUACUACCUAGGAUGGGUAAAGUUGAAGAUAAAUGAAUUUGAGUUGGACACCAACGGUGGUUGGGAUUACUUAAACCUAUUAAGGAAUGCCAGUAGUUGGCUGGCCACUGCACUCCUAACACACGACGUAUAUCAUGAAAAUAUCCACAUCCUCUGCCCAGAGCCAACUUCUAUAGAGCAACAAUAUCCAAUCCUUGGUUUUAUGUUGGCAGUAAAUCAGAAUUACAGUCUCGAAAGACUCCAGCAAGGAUUCCACACCUUAAUUAAUACCAGUGAAUACAUUUGUGAUGUAAAACUUGGAGAUGGCAUCCUGCAAACGGGGAACACAUCAAGAUUACAAGGCCACAGCAUAGAUAGCUGCAAUCUGAUACAUGAAGCAUGGGGUUCAAAUGCAAGCGGCAUGGCCACUGAAGCCAUCCGGAGUACAAUGGAUUUGGAAAACAUUUCAAUUGAGAAUUCAACAGCCCUGUUUGUAAAACCAAUGGAGACUUGGCCAACAGGGUCGACAUGGGAAAAAAGUAACUCAACAGAUAGCCCCAGUUACACGUCAUCCGUAAACCAACAGGGAGAGAGAAGCAUGACCUCAACAGUUGUCCCGACUCAGACAAUUGUACACUCAGAGAUAGCGACAGAUUCAGCAGCCACUGUUACCAUGGAAGCAGCCUUUACUGCAUUCAGAGCUUCCAUUUCGAUCACAAGCUGGAACUUCACUGAAGAUUUCAACAACAAAACCAGCAUCGCCUACAGAAAUCUGGAGGAGCUCUUUAUAACCAAGUUAUCACAGCUGCUGAGUGAAGCUGCAGAAAUGAUCCUCCAACGUGCCCUUGAUUUCACUGUGUUAGUGGAAAGGAUUAGAAAGGGAAGCAUCAUUGUGGAUUUCAUCCUCCUGACACACGCUGGGGAGAACAUGACCCUUGCUGACAUGAGUACUUUGCUAUUAUCAGCUGUUAACCAGUCCCUGACAUCAGAGAGUGGAUUUAUUUUAUCAUAUGGAAAAAUCGAAGACUUUGAUAUGUGUGAUAAUGACACAUGUUCCUACGACUGUGAAGCCCUCGUUAGGACAUUCCAGUGUACAUGUAUGAAUGGGCUGAAUGGCCACGAGCUCACCUGCAUACACGGUGAGUCGGUCUCUUGUGGUGGAGCCCAGGCUGUGAUAUCAAACCCUCUUGCAUGGAAACUUGAAAAAAUAUCUCACUUUCUGGACUUUGCAAAUGCCACAGGAUGUUCUUUCACCAGAAACGUAUCUGAUACAUUUGGAAUUCUGCAGGUGAACGACUUGUGUGUGGGCAUCAACAGUGUCAUCAGUGAUUUGUGGCUGGAUUGGAAAAAUGAAGAUAUUUUGCACCUUUACCUGGAAGGACCCAAUAUCACAGUCUGUCAAUUCUCAGCUUCCUCUGAAGAUCAGAUUAUGUACAAAAUAAUUGACGGCACAGAUGGAAUCAGAGGAUCCUUCCUGGUUGACUAUGCGUGUCUGAAUAAUGAACAGUCCUUUGCUGUUGGAAAAAACAAAAGUUUGAAUAUGACCAUGAUCCAGCAACGGAGGUCCUUUACUGUUCACGAAAAUGAAAGUCUGAAUGUAACUGUGAGCAUUGAGUCAGGUCUGGCCAGGAAACCACGACUCUUUAUAAAGAGCUGCCAUGCUGAGUCAUUAACACAUGAACCUGAAGGGGACCAACUGAUUGAAAAUGGGUGUUCAAAAUCAAAUGGCGUCUCAAUUUAUCAGAAUGGAAAUUCCCCAGUGGUGCUGCUCUCCGUAGAAGCAUCUGUUGAAAAGAACUCCACCUAUUUGAAGUGCGAAUUGCAAAUUUGUGCUGAGAACCAAUGCGCCUGUACCAAUCAUCUGGAAAGAAUCAAUAUGGGAAAUUCAGAGACGUUCAAGGAAAACUCCAUUGAGAUUGGGCCAAUCACUGUCUUGAGAAUCGAGACGAAAGAUAAAAAAGAGCCAAGCAUGCUUACAGUGAUUCUCAUAACGGUGGGGGUGAUACUGCUGGUAAUUCUUCUGAUUGGCCUCCUGCGGUAUGUGUAUCGACGCCUGUCUGGCUCCAGUUUCUCGUUCAAGACAAAGAAUAUUUUCAAGAGACAGUCAUUGGUGAACCCUGUUACUCUGAAGUCUUGGAAACAUGUGUAGCACCAACUGAACACUGGAAACAAGCAUAAAUCGGUCCAAAUGGCAAUGAAACCAAAAUGAAAGAAAUUAUGAACUCGCAUUAAUGUAAAAUGUGCAAUACUAUGGAUGCUGGAAGUCUGAAAUAAAAGCAAAAAUUGCUGGGAAUACUCAGAAGACAGGCAGCAUGUAUAGGGAGAGAGACAGGUGCUAGCUUUUCAGGUCGAUAUUAUGUUUUCUUACGAAUGGAGAAAGUUGGAAAAUUGAAAGGUAGGAUUGCCAAACCACAUGGAAUUAUGGGGAAUUGAUCCUCCCAGUGGCCAAAGAAAGCAUUCUGGGACAUGGUAAAUGAUAUGUCGUAAGUCAAGGAAGCAGGAAUGCAGACUGCACAAUGUAAUUAAAUACAUUCAAGGCUGAGUUGGAACGGUUUUUAAUCAGUGAGGUAAUCAGGAGUUACGGAGAAAAGGCAGGCCAAUGGGAUUGAGAUUAACAGAUCAAUCAUGAUCUGAUUGAAUGACAGAGCAGACCUGAUGGGCUGAAUGGCCUGCUUCUGCUCCUCUGCCUUAUGGCCUAAUGUAGGCAGCUGACUCUGCAUGUGAACAAUGGAACCUUUGAGAUAUUUGCCUGUGAUAAUAAUCCAAUAAUCCAGGGAACAGAUGAAUUAUUUUAACUCUGGCAUUAAUUUCUUGCGGCUGGGAGAUAUUUUGGGACUGUAGCUCGUGACUGUGGAGAUUCAAAGCACCUAGAUGCAACUGACAACUGGUGAGUGUAAGAAUCCCAAUUGACUAAUCAUCCUAAGCCAAUCCAAUUCAAAAGCAGGAAAGCAUGAGAGGUUUGGUUUGGAUUUUCCUUUGCUAAAAUGGCAGAACAGUUGUGCUUCCCCAAAGCUGUUUCUGUAUUUCCAGCAACUUCAGGCUACAGUCUGUAUACUUGCAACCUGACUGGAAAUGGUUUUUUUUCAAAAAAAAAAGGAAAUGCUAACUCCAGUAGGUUUUGUACUUUGAAAGGGAAAGGGCAUAAUAUUUUGUGUCAGCACACUUUGUGUCUUCGUUUACAGUAACUUGAACACGAUUGAAUUAUAUAAAUUUAGUGUGGUCAAAUUACCAAUUUUCUCUAAUUGGUGUCUUACUCAUUAUUGGUCCCAACUUUUGAAACUUAAGCCCCUGAUCAAUUUUCAUCUCCGAUGGCUUCUUCCAGAAUGUGAGCCACUAGCUUUGAUAACUCUGAGAGAGGAGGUAGGGAAAUGAUUGUAAGGGAAAGUCUGUGAUAGGAUUGCUGAAGAGAUUAAAGCUUAAAAGUGUUAAUGAUAAUGAGAGCUGGGUGCCUGGUCAUGGGACAAGUGAAGGAACAAAAGAUGUGUGAAUGUCAAAAUGUGGAAAAGUUGUUGUUUAAAAGAAUGAACAAGGGAAAAGUAUGUGCAAAACUGAAAACUGCACCAAAAAGCCACCUCAAAAUUAUAUGAAGGUUUUGAAGCAGAGAUGAUUUUGUUAUUUGUUAUUGGGAUGUGGGCAUCACUGGCUCGACCCUUAUUUAUUGCCCACUCCUACUUGCUAUAAAGAGAUUGGUAAUGAUCAGCCUUGGAAACUCCCACAGUAUUGGUCCAUUAAUUAUUGCCCAUCUCUAAUUGCCCUAGAGAAGUUGGUGGUGAGCUCCCUUCUUGAACCAUUACAAAUGCAUUUGCAGAGGUAAGCCCACAGUGCUGUUUGGAAGGGAAUUCCAGACUUUUGAUCCAAUGACAGUGAAGGCACAGCAGUAUUGUUCCAAUAUUGUCCCAAAUCAGGAUGGGUCAACAAUUUUGAUCCAAGGAUGUUAGACUUUAAUUACAUUAAGUUCGAAAAAGUGUCACUCUUGCAGCAAAGCAUUUUGACCAAUAAGUUGAUAGAGUUGUACAAGAUAACACAGGCUUACAUAAGACAGAUGUGGAAAAAACUCUUCCCAUUACUUGAUGGUAUGAGGACCAAUGGACAUUGAUUUGUGAUGUUGGGCAAAAGAGGCAGAAGAAGAGGUUUUUUGAUGCAAGGUGGAGGAAUGACCUGGAGUUCAUUACACUUGAGGAUGGGUCAAACGGAAAUCUUGAAUAAUUCCUCAGGGAAAUGUAUGGGAAAUUGAAGUAAACAACCUGCAGGGCUAUAGGGAUUGAGUAAGAGAGUGGGAUUAACUAAUUGCUCUAUGGAUUGGACUGACUGGUUGCCUUCUGUGUUUCAAAUGACUCUUAAUAAAAUGCGAGCAGAGAGAUUGCAGGCUGAAAUUAUCGACCCUGGAAGGAUGCAAAAGACAAAUUGAAAGGUACAGUUCUAUCCCUUGACUUCUUCUGAGCUUUGUACUGAUGGGUGGUGAGGUCUGGAAUUAACUGCCUUGAGCAAGUGGUGAAGGCACACACCCUCCCCACAUUUAAAAAGUGUUUGGAUGCGCAAGUGAAUUGUCAUAACAACAAGGCCAAGAAGUAAAAAGGGAGAUCGGUCAGGAUGACUGCUUGACAGCUGGUCAGAGUUGAAGAUCUCAUUGUCAGGCCAAGGACAAAGAAGUUGCCUUGGUGAAAGACCGGAAAUUGACUCUCCUCCCAUUUUUACCAAAGCUGUUUUCCCUUUUGAAUGUUUCCAUUAUUUUUUGUUUCUGGACUUUACUGCCCUUCAUAUGAACAAUAUGUGCGAAUGAAGUACUGCAUACAUUUCUGCAGAAGUCAUGUUUUGGAGACCAAAUGUUCGGGCAGGGGAGGGGUUCCGGGGGGUGUUGGUGGUGCUCCGCUUUUUGUGCUGUUAGGGUUUAAAAUACAUACUGGGUCUUUGGAACUACCGAAUUGCUAAUCAUGACCGAAACAGGCGCUGGCCGUGGUUCUGAAUCAGCAGGCAACAGAUACGAUAGGAUAAUACGAUGUGGAGCUGGAGGAACGCAACAGGUCAGGCAGCA